AUGUCGUCGCAAUAUAAGCAGCAGAUCCCUGAUCAUUGUGGCACUUACCAGCUGCGGGUGUCCCGUCCUCCCUUUGAGGCACCUAUGAAACGCAUUGUUUACGUAUCACCAGCUUCCGAGGAGAACAAAAUUGCACAAAAGCGUCCGUCGGAAUACUUGAACGAAAUGCCUGGUAGACAAAGCUACGCCUCAGUGCAAACACUAGCACGGAUCAACGUAUUCUCGUCGCCACUUCGGUCUGGAGCUGUACAAACUGUUCUUCACCAAUUCAGACUCGUGUCACCCCCUACAUCAGUACAGUGA